AUGCCGUACAUUGCCGUUCUCCCUGAACAUUUUAUGACGAGAAAAUGGGCAACAAAGUUGAUAACACUUCUCAUCGGCAUCCAUAGGACUGUUCGCUACCGGCGCGAGUUAGAAGAUUUCCUCACUCUCACGUCUUCUCUACAUGUCCAAAUACCCCACGAUCAAAGUGAUGUGAUUCCACCACAUGAAAUGUGGACAGUAUUGGCGCGAACGGACGGAUCUGGAGAGAAAGGGAAGAAGCUCGUGGAAAACACUAAAAUCAGGAAAAUGGCAAAAGCAAUUGCCAUAUUUAUUCCUCUGCUCGGGCUUGGAAUAGUCAUUGCUGGGGUGGUUGUCAUUGUAUUGACAACUGGGAAUUCCACAAACGAAGAUUAUUCGCAAGAUACAAAUGUUAUGUAUUUCGCGUUCUAUCGUGGAGAUCCUGACAGUCCAGCUCGAAUGCGAAUACGGAGGGCAUUCAAGAAGUUCAAGCAGCUGACGCAGGGAAGAAACGAUGAUCUUCUCGUGUUCUACAUCCCCUGCAACGUCACAUUGGAAGAUCCAAGCGACAUGAAUGAUAUAAAUGAGUUUGUCAAAGAAAAGCUAGCUCAUCAAGGAAAAACAAUGGUUGUAUCCCACACGAUGUCUGCAGAAUACGUCAGCCUAUAUUACAAUCAUUCUAUACAUAAAGUGAUUGGCAAGGAUAACAGGGGCAGUGUGGCUCACAGAAUCGCCGAGUUUGGACACAGAGCGAAACGAAGCGAACCACCUUGGAUGAGAAGGGAGAGCACGUCGACAUCUGAGCCUUCGACUUAUACGACAUCAACAGAUUCGACGACUUCUAUAGAGCCACCUUGGAUGAGAACGGAGAGCACGUCGACAUCUGAGCCUUCGACUUAUACGACAUCAACAGAUUCGACGACUUCUAUAGAGCCACCUUGGAUGAGAACGGAGAGCACGUCGACAUCUGAGCCUUCGACUUAUACGACAUCAACAGAUUCGACGACUUCUAUAGAGCCACCUUGGAUGAGAACGGAGAGCACGUCGACAUCUGAGCCUUCGACUUAUACGACAUCAACAGAUUCGACGACUUCUAUAGAGCCACCUUGGAUGAGAACGGAGAGCACGUCGACAUCUGAGCCUUCGACUUAUACGACAUCAACAGAUUCGACGACUUCUAUAGAGCCACCUUGGAUGAGAACGGAGAGCACGUCGACAUCUGAGCCUUCGACUUAUACGACAUCAACAGAUUCGACGACUUCUAUAGAGCCACCUUGGAUGAGAACGGAGAGCACGUCGACAUCUGAGCCUUCGACUUAUACGACAUCAACAGAUUCGACGACUUCUAUAGAGCCACCUUGGAUGAGAACGGAGAGCACGUCGACAUCUGAGCCUACGACUUAUACGACAUCAACAGAUUCGACGACUUUACAGCCACCUUAUGCUACUUAG